CUGCUGCUGCUGCUGAGCAUGUGCUCUGCUGCUCUGCUGCUCCACAGGACAGCAGCGACUCUUCCCAUCACCACGCUGCAGGCUGCAGGCUGCAGGAUGGAUCUCUGAGCGCACGGACGGAUCCGACUCCAGAGCGCUGUCACCAAGCUGUUAUUCAUCCCCGCAUCAUGGAGGCUCAGCCUGGUGCAUCAUGGGAGCUCAUCAACGGCGUGACAGAUGCAAUAUAUGAGGGCUGAGAGGUCGCCAUGGAGACUGACAGCUACACCUCAGGCCCAGCCGCCACUGACUGGGCUGGGACGGUGGCCGGCUUGGAGGGAAUGGGAGUCCUUGAGGAGCAGGGAGGAGAGGGCUCGCCAAGCGGCCCGGCGUCCUGGUACACGCCGUACUCGCUGGGCUUCCAGGUGUCGCUCACCUCCUUCCUCAUGCUGGAGCUGGUGUUGGGUUUCAGCAGCAACCUGACGGUGCUGGUGCUCUACUGCUCCCAGUCCAACUUAGUGGACUCGGUGAGCAACAUGGUGACUGUGAAUCUGCACGUGCUGGACGUGGCGGUGUGCGUCCUGUGUCUGCCCCUCACUCUGGUGGUUGUGCUGCUCCCUCCGGGACCGAACCUCGCCCUGCUCUGCUGCUUCCACGAGGCCUGCGUCACCUUCGCCAGCAUAUCCACGGCUAUCAACAUCCUGGUCAUCAGCUUGGACCGAUAUGACAUCUCGGUGCGGCCGGCCAACCGGCUGCUGACCACGCGUAGAGCAACGCUGCUCCUGGCCGCCGUUUGGGUCACCUCGGUAGCUGUGUUUUUUAUCCCGUUCUUGGAGGUGCAGUGGUCCAGUGGAGAGGGACCCGAGGAGAAUGGUCAGGUGACGCCCUUGUCAUUGUCCUCAAAUGGCGUCGGCGCCACGGUGGUGCCAGCGUGGCGUAACCAGACAGUGCUGUGCAUUGGCGGGCAGGGCUUCCAAAUGGGCCUGGGGAUGUAUUACCAUCUUAUCCUGCAGGUACCCAUCUUCUUCGCCACAGUGGCAGUCAUGCUGUUCACCUACUCCAGGAUACUGAGGGCUUUAAACAUCCGCAUCGGCUCCCACAUGAAGAAGGGCCAGCGGUUCAGGGGCCCGUCCUGCAGCGUGCCCCACAAGAGACAGAAAAAGAAGAAGGCGGGGCUCAGAAUGACUGACGGCGGGGAGGUAGGAGGGGAGCAGUGCACCACAGAUGGCACCAAACGGCUCAGCCACCCUCCACUCAUCACUUCCCCAACCCCCACAGCUACCUCCCCGCCUGCCCUGUCCUCCGCCCCACUCGUCACCGCCGACACAGGCACUGCGACCGCCAUGCCCGCCACCUUGGGCGUCCAGGCCUCCGUGUCGGCCAUCAUCGCCCUGAGGCGGGCAGUGCGGCGACACAGGGAUCGGCGAGAGCGCCAGAGACGGGUGUUCAGGAUGUCCCUCAUCAUCAUCACCACCUUCCUGGGCUGCUGGGCUCCGCUCUCUGUGACCAACGUGCUCAUCCUGGGCGUCGGCCCCAGCGACGCCCUGGUCAGCCUACGCCUCUGGUUCUUAGCCCUGGCCUACGGCACCACCGUCUCCCACCCUCUGCUCUACGCUUUCACCCGGCAGAAGCUGCGCCGCGCCCUCCGUGCCAAGGUGAAGAAGAGGGUGGUGUCCCUGCUCCAGGUGGACCCGUCACCGGGGGGCACCGUCAUACACAACUCCUGGGUGGAGAACAGGAAAACCAGCCGGCAGGUGCGGCUGGAAGCGAGCGAAGGUACUGACCGCUGUCUGGCAGAGGUCCUGUGAGACUGGCACACAUGGGCCGGGCUAGUGUAAUUAAAAACCAGAAUAGAGUCACAGGUGUGUCCCAUUAUGAAACUCACUGGUGCGUGAAGCCAGUGUAAGAAAUGUGAAAAACACAUUUCCACCUCUGGGAGAUGUUUUAAUGUAACCACCACCAGCAGCAGCAGCAGCGCCGAGCUGAUGCUAAACACACAGCUAACGUUCACCUCAGGCAGCAGGGAGAGCAGUCGUCACUGUGGUGCACACAGAAAACAUACACAUACAGGUGUAUAUAGUUUAUAGUGAAGUCUGUUUACAUAUGGAGUUGUAUGAUAGAGCGUUCUCAUAGUGGUGCUUACCUAACCGCUCCAAAGAAUGUGUUUAGCCAGCAGAUGAUCUGAUCUGCCGCCCACUCAAAUGCUCCAAGGCAGCUUUAACAAAAAACAUGUUGAUUAACUUCGAACAAAUAAAUACUCUUUGAAUGUAUUUAAUAUUGUCUCCGUCUUAGCUCUGAUGUGUACUCUGAACUAAAAGGGGAGCAUGUUGGAUAUUUACGAGCAAGACACAGUGAUGAUAUGAGGUGUUAGGCUAGUGUGAAAUAUUAAAUGCAGUUUUGCUUUAGUGUAAGUAGUUAUUAAACGCUCAAUGUUACAGUGUUUACA